AGCAAUAGUGAGCGCCGCUGCAUUCCAUCGUUCAGUUGCCCGUAGGCCUAGCCAGAGCCGUUACGUUGUUACCGGCGUCUCUGUGACUUGCGCGUUUCGCCAUAACGCGCUUCUUUCUUUCUUUUGUUCGACGAGUUUUCAACGGUCGCAAGCUAUCCUUCGUUUCUCGGACGCAUUCGGUGUGCAUGGCGCGCGGAUUGGAUUAUUAGCGCCUACCUGAAGCCGUCGUCUUCACAGCGACGUUUUGACUCGCGCUUGGCGCGCAACGCUACACACUCAACCGGGCGUCCCCCACCACCCAAUGGAACAAACCGGCAAGAGGACCGACAAGAAGAGAACGCACAAAGACGGCACCCCGGGGGAACCUGAGGAGUUCAUCGUUGAAAAAAUACUCGACCGGCGCGUGAGGCAGGGCAAAGUCGAAUACCUGCUUAAGUGGAAGGGAUUCGGUGACAGCGAGAACACUUGGGAACCUGAGGAGAACCUCGACUGCCCGGGUCUCAUAUCGCAGUUCGAAGAGAAGCGCAAGCGAAAGGCCGAGUCACAGUCGACCAAGAUGAAAGACGACGCCGACGCCCCGAGCCGCAAGAAGAAAAAACAGGACGGCGACGCCAAGCCACGUGGGUUCGACCGCGGCUUGGACCCGGACCGAAUCAUUGGAGCCACGAAAUCAUCGUCCGGUGAACUGAUGUUCGUGAUCAAGUGGAAGGAUUGUGACGAGGCUGACAUAGUGCCUGCUCGAGUCGCAAACAUUCGCUGCCCGCAGGUGGUGAUUCGUUUCUAUGAAGAGCGUCUCGCUUGGGACACUUAAUUGCGGCGGGCGAGACGAAGACACCUCCGAGAAGGCGGCCAAGGCUUAGCAAGCUCGAAUGGAGGGAAAAAACAAAAUGCCCGCCGUUGAUCAUCCACCGGCUGCAAAUUAGCUCGUCCAGCGUUUCGCUCUUGUUCGAAAUGGGUGGACUGGGCUAACUCUUCCAAAACCACUGCGUAGCUCCUGUUUUUCUUUGUGUUCUCCUUGUGGUAUUUUUUUUCUCUUUGCUUUGAGUUCUUUUCAGCCAUUCGUUCCUCUGUUUGUGAGUUCUUCAAUGCUGUUUUUAUCCGGACUCCCUGCAUCGGACACUGUGCGGUGACAAAACCAACUGACUGUUUUUUUUUGUUUUUUUACGGUGCCGUAAACGUCCAAGCUAGGACUUUUUUCCGUGCCUACGUAUUGGCUUUAUGAAAAUAUGUAACCUCAUAUGCGCGGGAACUUCACAGCGCCCGCAAGGCUUGUUGGUCGACGUUUACGAAGUUGAAAAACAAAAUCCAUAGCUUUCAGGCAACGAAAUGUGAUCCACCGUUUGAGAUGUUUGUCUUGACCAGGUUGCGGCCUGUUAGCGUAUAAUCCCCCUUUUCUUUCUUUUUUCAUUAUCUUUUUUCUCGCUACUCGUUCACAUAUCUGGUUUCAAUCGUUCGUUGUGUUGUUGUUUGCUAUUGUACAAAACAGGAGCUCUCAUUAAAGAACUUUUUUUGAACCCUUGACAAA